UCUUUUGGAUAAAACGGAUGUGUGUGGGCAUUUUAAUUGCCUUGCUCGCCAUCUCAGCAUUUGGACAACAGUGUAGCUGUUAUAUCUUGCCAAAAUACGGGAUUGUAAUCAAAAAUUAUAAUGGAAAUUAAUGUGAACAUUAUAAAUUAAAAUUAAUUUAAAAAGUCCAUACAUGAAAGUUUGUAUAUAAAACGAUUAAUAUGAAAGCCCUAUGCAAAUAAUGUAAUCAUAAUAAACUCAACUAUAAAUUCAAAAUGUUACCACAACUACUACCGGAAAAACGGGAAGAUAGCAAGACUGAAAAUUCAUUCACAAGAGGAAAUAUAAAAGACGCCAGCAGCAAAUGGCGACUUUGGUGUCCAUUUCAUCUAUACACUGCGCUUAGCUGGCAAAGUUUGCGAACUUCUCGCCUUACGAAUCGCCGUAUUAUGCCCAAUGUAUAUUUGUUCAUCCUGCUGUUUAUGGUGUUACCCCCACCAAUACUGGCUCAGCAACAGAAGUUCAGAGUAACUCCAUACGAUUUACAAGUAUUAGAAGGAGCGGAAGCUAUGAUGCGCUGCGAAGUGUCCAAUAAAGCAGGCGCUGUGCAAUGGACAAAAGACGGGUUUGCACUAGGGUUCUCAGCUGUUAUUCCUGGGUUUCCACGUUAUUCGGUUUUGGGUGAUCGAAAUCAAGGUGUAUAUAAUCUACGAAUAUCGAAUGCGUCUAUUACUGACGAUGCGGAGUAUCAGUGCCAAGUGGGCCCAGCACGUCUUCACUCAGCCAUACGAGCAAAUGCAAAGUUAACAGUCAUAGCACCACCUGGCUAUAUUGAAAUACAAGGCUAUACUCAGAAUUCGAAAGUAGAGGUAAGGGAAAAUCAAGAUUUAUCAUUGAACUGUGUUGUUGGAAAUGCAAAGCCAGCCGCACAAAUCAUCUGGUUUCGUGGGAACGUGGAAUAUAAAGAAGGUCGCGUUGAUAAAAUUGAAGAGACUUCCUCAAAACGCUACACUACAAAAUCGACAUUAAAUAUAAAACCAAGUGCCGAUGAUGAUUUUAUGGAAUAUACCUGUCAAGCGAAGCAUAAGGCGUUGCCUCCAGAUAUGCCGUUGCGGUCGACCGUUCAGCUUUCCGUUCUCUAUCCACCAGGCCCUCCAUAUAUCGAGGGUUAUACUCAAGGCGAGAUUCUGCGAAGGGGUCAAACAGUUGAAUUGGUGUGUCGGAGUAGAGGUGGAAAUCCACCAGCGCAAUUAAUUUGGUAUAAGAAUGGUUCUCAAAUCCGAAUGGCUUACAGGACUGCCGGACGAUUGUCUGAAAAUAUCUACACCUUUACAGCAGAAGCGAGCGAUAAUAAUGCACGUUUUCGUUGCGAAGCUAGUAACGUAAUGUCACAGAAUCCUUUGAAAGCAGAAAUAGACAUAACUGUACUUUUUGCUCCGACACAUGUAUCUAUUGCGGGACCUACUGAAGCACGUGUGGGAGACGUGGUAUCACUAACAUGUACAACUGCACCGUCCAAUCCACCAGCGGAAAUAAAAUGGAUGGUCGGCGGGCGUCAAAUUCGAAAUGCCACUUCAAAGACAAAUGUCAGCUCUGAAGGUGGAUGGGUUACUGUUUCCAACAUAACUACAACUGUUGAACCCAAUAAAAGAUCUCUUGUAGUAAUUUGUCAUGGACUCAACAUGCAGUUAACAGAGAACGUUGUCUCAACACAUACAGUAAAUAUUUUGUAUCCCCCUUCUUCCCCCAUAAUUUCUGGCUAUAUGGAAGGACAAAUUAUACCGGCCGGUUCUGUGCAAAAACUACUUUGUGUCUCUUCAGGUGGAAACCCCUUAGCUACCCUCACUUGGUACAAGAACGAUAAGAGAGUUAACUCCGUGAUACGAACAGCUGAUAAGUCUGUCUCUGCUGAAAUAACGAUUUUAGCGAAUGUAACAGAUAACCAAGCGCAAUAUCGCUGCGAGGCAUCCAAUAGUGCUACUGAGAUUCCCCUUUUCGAAAGCACUAUUUUAAGCGUUCAUUUUGCGCCAGAAAUUGUUAAAAUUCGCGUUGAACCUGAAGUUCUAAAACCUGGUAUGGAAGUUGCUAUAAUUUGUGAUUCGAGUUCAAGCAAUCCGCCAGCAAAACUCACUUGGUGGAAGGAUGGUAUUCCAAUCGAUGGCAUAAAUAAUUCGUCCAAACCAGGAUUAUGGGGAGGCACGGUCUCGACCCUGGCAUUCAAAGUGAACGUUUCUCAGGAAAUGAAUGGUGUGGUUUAUACAUGUCAGAGUGCCAACGAAGCACUACAACGCAGUGUACAUGAAGCAGUUAACUUAAACAUAUUAUAUCCACCAGUGUUUCUACCACCACCAUCAUCAACUGCUGUAGGAGUUGAAGGAGAAUCUUUACAAGUCUCCCUAAGCGCUACAGCUAAUCCAGCGACAGUUUUAUAUAGUUGGACAAAGGAUGGAUUACCAGUACCUUCAACUUCCAUUAGCAAUGGUCGUGCAGAGCAUCGUAUAUACGCAGACGGAGCUAAUCUUAACUUCACAAAACUGAAUCGAAAUGACGCUGGAAUUUAUGUAUGUGAAGCCAGUAAUUCAGAAGGCUCUGCAAAGCUCAAUAUUACUAUUGUAGUAGAAUAUGGUACUACCAUUAAAGCUAUAUCAGAAAACAUUGUAGUAAAUCCUGGCGAAGAUGCGAUGCUAUCAUGUACAGUAGAAGGGAAACCAUUAACCGAGGAGCACAUUAAAUGGGAGAGAGUUGCUUAUGAUAUGACAGUGAAAACUACGACUUCGUUUGUGAAUAAUACUUCAUAUCUUCACAUAAAAGACGCUCGCCGGGAGGAUGUUGGUAACUUUCGCUGUAUUGCAGACAAUCGUGUUGCUAAUCCCACAAAUCGUGAUGUUCUUCUAAUUGUCAAAUUUCCACCCGAAAUCGAUAAAUCGCCAACAUUAUUACGUGCAGCAAGUGGAACUGGAGAACGUGGACGUUUGCCUUGUCGAGCCCAAGCUUCUCCACAACCAAAAUUCACCUGGCGUCAGGAAGGAAAGGAUUUGCAAAUGAAUCGUACAUAUAAGUAUGAAGUUGAUGAAAAGAAAAUCGAUUCACUAACCUAUGAAUCUACGUUGAUAAUUGAAAAAGUCGCUCCAGCUGAUUAUGGAGCUUAUGAAUGUGUCGCAACGAAUGAACUAGGCCAAACUACGGAAUUAAUUCGAUUGGAUAUCACCUCCCAGCCAGAUACGCCACUUAGUUUGAACAUAUUGAAUAUCACACAUGAUAGUGUUUCUUUAGCAUGGACACCGGGAUUUGACGGAGGAUUAAAAGCUUCCUACAGAGUUCGAUACAGAGAGGCGAACCGAGAACAAUACAAAUAUAUCGACAGCUUACCAAAUAGCCACAAGUUGACCAUCAGUGGUUUAAAAACCAACACACUGUACUUAUUUUCGGUGAUGGCAUUCAAUGAUUUGGGUAACAGUAAAUAUUUACCCGAUUUACAACGUGCACAAACCAAAGAAGCUCCACCACCUUCGCAACCAGCCUCAUCGUUAGGAGGUCCACCGACGACUACCUCAACACCAUUGGGAGGAACUUCUGGUUUACUUCUUUUAGUAGGCGUCGUUUCAGGUGUCACGGUAGUUUUAUUAAAUGUUUUCAUUAUCGGAUGUUGCCUGCACAAACGAAACCAAAAACGACUUAAGCGAGAAGGAUUGGAAAUAUCAACUGAAGAAUUAACUGAAGAUUCAAGUACUCCCAGUCUUGUUAUAUUGGGAAUAUCAAUGUCAGCGUUUGGAUUUUUGAUAGUCAAUGCUGCUUUAGUCGCUUGGUUCUUUGUUCACAAUCGACGCAAGAAAGCUGAGAAUGAUAACCAACCAGGCAAAACAGCAACAAUCGAAAUGUAUGCGCCAAGUUCCUAUAACGAUACAGUUACCGGUGAAACAUUAUCAAGUGUUUCCGAAAAGAGUGAAUCAUACUCAAAUGAUGGCAGUCAAAUUGAAUAUACAGAUGAGGCACGAAAAAAGGCAGCUUCGACAUAUUUGGUAGAAAGCAGCGAUAUGCCACCUCCUCGUUAUCAGAAAGAUGGUACUAUGCCGAUAGUCUAUCCAAGUAACAUAGUCAAUGCUCGAACAUUACCACAUCCCCGGCACCACAGUAAUGUCACAAAUAUAUUAGAUCACCGAGCACACGAUGAUCAAAUCCUUAUAAACAAAGGCGUCUACAUUCCGUCCCCUUCGCCAGCGCCGCCACCUGAUGGUUCAUAUUAUAAUAUGAAUAGUGACAGAUAUCUUUCAUAUCCGCCUAUGGAUUAUCCUCCUCAACUAGAUUUUGCAUCGCCUCCAUUACCAAUGGCACAUCUUCAACCGAUUACGCAGGCAUCUAUAAUAAGUGGUAAUGCCAUCAUUGGCAGUGGAAGCGGUACCCUUCGUAGAGGCAUUAUGCGUGGAGUUGUGGGAAUGCCGCCUCCCGAUGUUACUCAACUAACGAAUACUAGUUUGACUGGUGCUAGCAACAUCCAAUUGCUUCACGAACUGCAUCCAAUAAAUAUUUCAAAUAAUUCAUGCUCCACACAAACCACAAGCAUUACAGGUAACGGGAGUAUGAUGUCAACGAUUCCAAGCAGCACCUCCAAACAGCCUCAAAGUAUACUUAAGGAUCCAAAUAGGUCUAAACCACAGCAACAGCUAUUAAGUGCGAAUCUAGUUGGUGUGGGUGUACCCACAGCUUCAGGUAGUCUUCAAAUUCUCAAUAUUCCCACAUCUGCUGGUAUUAGUGGUAAUCUUUUGAUGACCGCGAGCGGGACAUAUGAUCCGGCAAACCUUAGUACUUUCAAUGCUGCUACUGGUACAACAUUGGCAUACACCGAUGCCGAUGGGCAUUUAGUAUAGCUGUAGGAGCGCACGGGAUUACCGAUGGAAAAUACGCUAGCCGUAAUUGAUGACCCUUCGGCUCCCUCUGUUGUCAGGUCCAACACUACACGUUACUGACAAAGAAAUACUCGUACAAUUGCACAGGUCAAAGUGAGAAGAUAUUGCAGAAAAUAGAAUAAUUAGGCAAGAGAAAAAGAUACUGAGUUUAACAAUAAGAUUAGAUUUAAGUUCAUUUAAUCAAAUAGCCUAAAUUAGUACUUACCAACGUAAAAGACCUGAUGCUGGAAAGGUUGCAUUAAAAUAAUUAUAAGUAUAUAACAAGUACCCAACCAAAUAUAAUCACCAUUGUUUGAACUUUCCCGAUAGCCAUAAACAAUUACUACGUGCAGACACCAUAGAAAAUUGUAAGGUUUGCUAAAGGGGCUCACUUAUGAAUUAGUGAUUAUCGUUCUUUAUACUCUCACAACAUGUUACACCGAGUGUAACAGUUUUUAUUACCAAACGGUUGUUUGUAAUUAAUCGAGAGAGAGUCGAUUUAAAUUCAGGACGUCCGUGUAUCCGUGCAUGCGAUAACUUGAGUGAAAAUGAAAAAAAUUGCAGAUUAGCAAAAUCGGAGCACUGUCACGCCCACAAAGUGCCUUUAAACAAUAUAAUAUAAAGUUCUGUAACUAAGUUAUAAAUGAAUCUAUAUCAGGUUGUAAAAUAAUUUGGUCGUUUGAUAAGAAAAACACAAUUUUAUUAUUCAAAAUACACUUUACUAUUCAGUAUAAUCUCGCUGAAC